AUGAGGCCGUCCUCGUAUCGCCCUUCAUCGGCCCUCAAUCCCAUCUACUUCGUCUCAUCGGGCUCCCCGAACUUUUCAUCAUUCAGUCAUAUCGCACAUCGUAGGUCUCCGUUUAUUGACACAUUUGGCGCCCGAACACUUGCCGAGAUGCCGCAAGAACCAAUCAUCUACGACUACCUACACGACGACCUAAGAUUCCUCUUCCGGUCCAUGAUCUUUACGGGCUAUCACCGUUGGGGUUUCGUCGUGUAUCGAUGCGCAUACGGCGACGAUGAUCUAUGGAACCGCUACAUCGAGCAACUCAAGAAGAACGUCCACGAUGAGCUGGUGCGCGCUCGUCGGGCCGAGCUUCUAGAGAAGUACCUCGACUGGAUCAUUAUCGAGGAUCGCGACACCCUAGACAAUGCCUCCAAGACAGCUGUCAGAAAACACUUCAACGGCUGGGUCAAAGAGAAGGUCGCCGAGGCCGGUCUGCAGCCCAUCAGCCUCCAAAUGAUCACUCUCUUUAGGUACUGUCUGUACAUCGACCAGAAGUGCCUCGACACCCUUGAAGCCUUCCAGAAAUCUGAGGGGGAGCCCUUCGCGCAGGAUCCGAUCAUGAUUCACUGGCGACCACCGAUGGUACUUGUUCUCGUCGACCGCCUCUGGACGCGUAGUCUUAAAGGCGUUCCUAAGAAGCAAUGGGGACAUCCACGGAUCGAGGGCAGCAGUAAAUACUACGUUGGGUGGCUCUACAAGAGGGCACUUUCCAUGGUGGCCACUUACAGCGAGCUCUCUGGCAAUUGGGAUUUGGAUCAGCCCUAUGAUAACGUCGAUUACGCAAGGCCGCCCGCUAUCAGCCCCAUUGGUGAUGAGUCGAUGCCGGAGUAG